AUGCGUUUCUCUGUCGUCUCCGUCCUUGCCGUGGCCACUCUCGCCAUGGCCAAAUCUGAGUCCUCUGCCACUGGCUCCAUGACCAUUCUCCCAGUCACUAGCAGCAUGGUCAUGACCACUGCCCCAUACCCAACUGGCGGCGUCCCAACUGGUGCUCCUGGAACCGGCACUGGUGUCCCAACCGGUACUCACAACUCUACCCGCACCAUCCACACCAGCACCCGCACCGGCUCUGGUCCAUCUUCCUCUGCCACCCACACUUCCACCUCCACCGGUCUCGCUGCCACCGCUGGCCCAGCUCUCGCCGGUGUCAUCGGCGGUGCUGCCGUCAUUGCUGCUUUCCUUUAA